AUGGGAUACCCACAUUACAUUUCUCUUGUUUAUGUUGUUUUCGUAUCAUUCCUACAUUUCUCUCAUUCACAUAAUGCACCACAAGACUAUGUGAAGGCCCACAAUGAUGUUCGAAAGUUGGUUGGUAUGGGGCCAAUGAAGUGGGAUGCAAAUGUGGCUAAAUUUGCAGAAAGUUAUGCCAAUAAAAGGAAGGAUUGCGCGCUAAUACACUCACACAAUCCAAAAUAUGGUGAGAAUAUUGCAUGGGGCACGGGAGAGUUCACGGGUUUGGAUGCAGUUAAGUUGUGGGCGGAUGAGAAGCGUGAUUACGAUUAUAAUUCAAACACAUGUAAGCCGUUCAAGAUGUGUGGGCAUUAUACUCAAAUGGUUUGGAAAAACUCGAUUCGCAUUGGGUGUGCUAGGGCUAAGUGCAUGAAUGGUGCAUGGUUUGUGACUUGCAAUUAUGAUCCUCCUGGUAACUACAUUGGCGAAAAACCUUAUUAAUUAAUGAUCGACCUAUAUAGAUGUAUGUUAGGAAAAUCAGAAUGUGUUUGUGUAUAGUGUUUAAUUUGAGAAAGAAAACCAGAAAAAUAUGAAUUUACCAAAACUGUGUUAUUAACCAGCAUUAAUCCACUACAAGAAUAAGGAGCUAUGACGACGACACAUAUCCCGACAAUCAAAGUCGUCGCUACAAGUCGAGCUAUGCCGACGACUUGUCGUCGUCAUAUCGUUUGCCAACUUUGACCAAAUUCUUUGACCAAAAGAGUUAUGUCGACAACAUGUCAUCGCCAGCGAUUUGGCGGGACCGACGAAACUAUUCGUGGUAUUCUGAAAACUUAUGCUGACGACAUGUCGUCGGUAUAGGUGACGACAAAUCUAAUUUCUAUUUAUUUUUAUUCCAUGGUGAAGAAUAUCAGAACGACGUAUUUUUUGUAUUAUUUUGAACAAUGUUAAGUGCUUAUUAUAAUAUUAAACUUGAAUUCGA